AUGAAAUUCUCCACAACUAUUUCUUGCGCUAUUUUGUUUGCAGCCACUGUUUCUGCUGGUUUGAUUGAUACCGUCACCACAACCCAAAAAACAAUUGUUACUAUCACUGAUACCGAUUGUGAAACCAAGGGUACUGAUUGUCCAAAACAUAAAACCAAGCCAAUCUCUACUACUCCUGUAACUACUCCAGUCACUACUCCUGCAACUACUCCUGUAACUACUCCAGUCACUACUCCUGCAACUACUUCUGCAACUACUCCAGUUACUACUCCAGUUACUACUCCAGUUACUACUCCAGUUACUACUCCAGUUACUACUCCUGCAACUACUCCAGUUACUACUCCUGCUACCACAAUCACGGAUGAAAUUAUUUCAAUUCCCCAUGUCAGUCAAGAAACUGACGAAGGUCCAGGUUUCACCAUCUUGCCAUUAGGUGGUGGUAAUGGUAACUCCUCCAUUGCAACUGGUAGAACUCCUCCAGUUGUCACUUUUGUCGGUGCUGGCUCUUCCAAUAAGAAUGUUCAUACUGGUGCAUUUGCUUUAGCUGUUGGUGGUGCUAUUGCUUUGUUGAUGUAA